UGGCUGUGGGUUAAUCCAAUUUCCCCCUUCACUGUUUGCAGUUUGGUAGACUCCAGAAUGAGACAUUCACAUCACUGAGCAUGUCUGGUGCAGAGCUGAGCUGCGAUGCAGUUGGUGAAGUGGUGAAUGUCCAGGCCUUGAGCAAGUUAGUGAAAUGAGAGACGGAGUAACGAGUGCAUCAGCAUUGCAAGCUAAUUGAAGGUGGCGAUGCACCGACUCUAUCCAUGAGAUCCAAAACUUACACGAAAGCGUUGUCAACAUGUUCAGCACCAAAAGAUUAAAGAAAAAGUCCCAGUCAGUGGACAUGACUGCUGCAGGAUAUAGCAGUCCGAUAACAGCUAAUGAUCCAUCAUCACAAUCUGACCUCAAGCCAACCAGGUCAGAUGAGGCGCAGAAUAAUGGAGCCAACACACAGAGGCGCAAUACUAAACGAAGCGAAUUCCAGAGAUAUUAUACAGUAGAUACCGGCCAGAAAAAGCACCAGGAGAGGAAAGACACCCGGUGGAUGUCUUCACAGAAGCCCAAAGGGACCAUUGAAUACACGGUUGAAUCGAGGGACUCUUUGAAUAGCAUCGCACUCAAAUUUGACACGACACCUAAUGAGCUUGUGCAACUGAAUAAAUUGUUCUCGAGAGCUGUUGUUCCAGGCCAGAAUCUCUACGUUCCUGAUCCAGACUAUAUCUCCAGUGUGGAAAGUUCGCCAUCACUGAGUCCUGUCAGCCCAUUGUCUGCAACCUCUUCAGAAAUAGAGUUUGAAAAACCUUUGGUAAGGACCUGAGAGAAAGAAUUAUAA